AGCUUCAUCCCCUUCCACGCCCUUUCUCUACCCAGUUUUUCCGUCAGCUUGGCGAUCUCGUCUGGCAGCUGUUUCCGUUCGCAGCGCAGUGCAGGGCGAGCCGGUCUCAACUCUUGGUCAUGUCCUACGGUCCCUUAGACAUGUACCGGAAGCCGGGGUCCUCAGGGCCCCAGCUCCGGGACUUCAACAGUAUCAUCCAGACAUGCAGCGGCAACAUCCAGCGGAUCAGCCAAGCCACUGCUCAGAUAAAGAAUUUGAUGAGCCAACUAGGAACUAAACAAGACUCAAGCAAGCUACAGGAAAAUCUGCAACAAUUACAACACUCAACCAAUCAGCUUGCCAAGGAAACAAAUGAAUUGCUGAAGGAAUUAGGGUCCUUGCCCCUUCCUUUAUCUACUUCAGAACAGCGCCAGCAGAAACUUCAGAAGGAACGUCUGAUGAAUGACUUCUCUGCGGCCUUGAACAGUUUCCAGGCUGUGCAGAGGAGGGUGUCUGAAAAGGAGAAGGAGAGUAUUGCCAGAGCUAGAGCUGGAUCUCGCCUCUCGGCAGAGGAGAGGCAAAGAGAGGAACAGCUCGUCUCAUUUGACAGCCAUGAGGACUGGAACCAGAUGCAAAGCCAAGAGGAUGAGGUAGCCAUCACUGAGCAAGAUCUGGAACUUAUUAAAGAGAGGGAAACAGCGAUUCGGCAGCUGGAGGCUGACAUUUUAGAUGUCAACCAGAUAUUUAAAGAUUUGGCUAUGAUGAUCCAUGACCAAGGUGAUCUGAUUGAUAGUAUAGAAGCCAAUGUAGAAAGCUCAGAGGUGCAUGUUGAAAGAGCCACUGAUCAAUUACAGCGUGCUGCUUACUAUCAGAAAAAAUCUCGCAAGAAGAUCUGUAUCCUGGUGCUUGUCCUGUCAGUGAUUAUUGCGAUCUUGGGACUUAUUUUCUGGCUAGUUUAUAAGAAGUGAUUGCCUCAGAGCCUUCUUCUGAUGAGCUGUUUUCAAGGGCAAGGGCUUGUUGGAGUUUUGCCAGAACAAAGUGAUCACAAGAAAAGACCAUACACCAGAACGUCCUGUAAUAAUUUAGUUAGAAACUAACUGCUAACUAGUUCUUGGAAUUAGUGACCUAUGAAGACAGUAUUUAUCAAUUUAUGUAUACAUUUUAUUGAUUUCUCAAAUUAGGAAUUAACUUAUGUGGAUUUUGCUUUCUCUUGUAUUUUGAUUGCCCUUCAUCCCAAGUGUAUACUGAAGAUUCCAUUCUAGAUGCUCUUGUUUUGACAGGUGACACUACAGUCUCAUAAUAUUGUCUUUUUAUAUGUAUACCACAUUCACCUUUUCACUAGCAACUGAAAUUACUUUCUGGCACCCAGCAUAUAGGAGUCUGUCAGAAACUGUAUAAUAAGCCAGCAAUUUUUAUUAUUUAACAUUUUAAUUUGAAUUUCCAAGAAGCCUAUUCUCUAUCUGCUUUGAAAGAUUUUGGCACUGUAUUUAACUGGAAAGUAAAAAAUUGCCCAUGUGCUCUAGAUUAAAUGAGAAGGCUCUGUUUGAGCUGGUGAGUUGUUGGGGUACAUGUUACUAAGCUGGGUUUAAAGUUUACUUCAUUAUCUGCGAGGGUCAUAUAGAGCAGUUCAUCCUUAAACACACUAAGACACCUUGUUCACUUUUUGAAGAAGUUAAUUUAAUUAUCAUUACUAUACUCUAUGGGGUCCCUCUCCUACCUGUCUGUAUAGAAAGAGAAAAUUAGACAAAGCAUGCUUUUGGAAAGCAGAUAGGAAUUGUUUGGAAUGAUGUAAUCUUUCUGCUGUUGUUGUUCACUUGUGAUUCUACAUUCCUGGUGAAUGAUGAAUGUUACUGUCAAAGGGCUGUUCCCUAUCCCAUAGGGUUGCUGGGCAUUUGAUGGGAGGGAGAGUUUAAAAGCUAGACUGAGAUUCAUUUAAAAUUUAGUCUUGUGAACCUGGUGAUAAAGCAAAGCACAGGUUCAUUUUUGUAAAUAAUAGCUGGUUGGGAAUAGUGAUAUUAGACUUAUCCUAAUUUAUGAACAAGAAAUCUCUCCAUGCAUAGUUUGAAACACAUACACACAAAAAUGUUUCAAUAAAAGAUUGCUGCCUUGUAAUGUAAAUGUCAUCCACUUCCCUUUUUCACAGGCCUAUAGCAGUUAAAGGGAACAUAAUUUCUUUAGGGUCUCACAUAAAUGUGAAUCAGGCCAAUGAUUUUAGUUCAUCCUUUACUGAAUUAAAGAUUUGGCUACCCUGGGUAUAUUUAUAUUCUUUUCUUCCAUUCUGCUUAAUGUUACUUAAUCUUCUUUUACUAAACUAAUGUGAACAGUAGGGAAACAAGAACCCAAGUGCAUUUCUUUGCAAUUCUUGCGCCAUUCCACACAAUUAAUACAAAUAAACAUUUUUAAAGCUUUUGUAGUAUGUUUUUUGAGUUAACAUCCUAAUGAGGUAAUGUGUUGUCCUCAGAAAAAUUGAGGCCUGCAACACUCCUUGGAGAUCAGGUGAGGGUUGGUUUGGGGGAUGGGAUAGUGCUGUUGCAGUUCUUUUCUUGAAAAACUGGAUGGAG